AUGGCACAGAUGUACGUGGUGAAGCGCGAUGGACAGAAGCAGGAAGUGAAGUUUGAUGCAAUCACGCGGCGCAUCCGGCGGCUUACUGAUGGCCUGGACACACGCUUUGUCGACCCGGUUGUUGUCACGAGGAAGGUGGUAGAAGGCUUCUACAGCGGGAUUUCCACUUCCGAAGUGGACGUCUUGGCUGCCGAGACCUGCGCGUACAUGUCUCAGAAGCAUCCUGACUUCUCUGUACUGGCAGCUCGCAUCGCUGUGUCGAACCUUCACAAGAACACAUCGGAGUCCUUCUAUGAGACCUGUCGUAUCCUCCAUGGCUACGUCGACCCUCAAGGGCGAUCAGCCUCGCUGAUUUCACAGGAGGUGUGGGAGUUCAUUGAGGCCAACGCACAGCGCUUGGAUGAGGGCAUUGACUACAGCCGUGAUUUGGGCUACGACUACUUUGGCUUCAAGACGCUGGAGAAGUCUUACUUGCUAAAGGUGAACGGUAAAAUUGUGGAGCGGCCGCAGCACCUGCUCAUGCGUGCAGCCUGCGGCAUCCACGCGGGUGACCUGGAGGCUGUCUUGGAGACCUACGACCUCAUGUCCAGGAAGUACUUCACGCAUGCCAGCCCCACCCUCUUCAACGCGGGCACGCCGAACGCGCAGAUGUCUUCCUGCUUCCUCUUGAAGAUGCAGGAGGACAGCAUCGAUGGCAUCUAUGACACAUUGAGACUUCGCCUGAUGUUCCGCAUAUCCUUUUCUCUUGUGAAGUCGGAUGAUGAACUCCAAAUCCAGGGCUCAAGCCCCUGCACCUUCAAUAUGUUGCUCUUGUUAUUAGUAUUUAUUGUGUGUCAGCAUUGUUGUUAUUAA